UCUGGACGAAAACAUAUUAAUGUCAAAAUUGUACAAUUCAAAUGUAUUAUUGUUCAAAUAUAAUUUUGAUUAUCCUACUAAAUUUAAGAUGUAUAUAUUCCUCAGCUGGAGAUCAACUGGAACAAUAUCGCUCAUGUCUUUAUUAUUGCGUUGACCAAGAGUGCGAUACAGACGGUCGAUCAUAUUUGCACAACUAUGAUGAAAUCAAUAUCUUUCCAUUCAUGCAAUGGCCAUGUUUUGAUGAAUGUAGAUACAAUUGUAUGUGGGAUACUGUUGAAAAACUUGAAUCGGCUAAUGUUUCGAUUCCUCAGUUUCACGGCAAAUGGCCUUUCGUGAGAGUAUUAGGCAUACAGGAACCAGCCUCUACAAUCUUCUCAUUUUUGAACUUCUUAUUCCAUUUGAAAUGGAUUAAAAUAUUCCGAAAGAGAGUAUUCAGUGGCGCCCCUCUUUAUUGGAUGUGGCAUGUGUUCGCUUGUGUUAACUUGAAUGCUUGGUUUUGGUCCAUUAUAUUUCAUGCUCGAGAUACACAAUUUACAGAAUUUAUGGAUUAUUGUGGUGCUUUUUCUAUUAUAUUGAUUAAUUGUUAUGUUUUAGUGUCAAGGAUUUGUUGGAUACUUGGAAAGCUCUAUUGCUCGUUGAUAUCUCUAUUUUUUAUUUUAUUUUAUACAAACCAUGUCUUAUAUCUAUACUCAGCUAGAAGAAUUGAUUAUAAUUAUAAUAUGACCUUGAAUUUCUCCAUUGCUAUUUUUACUGUGAUCUCAUGGCUGAUUUGGUGUUACUGGAACAGAAAAAGCAAACCCUAUGUGGAUAAAUGUGCCAUUUAUGCAGUUUUAACUUCUGCUGUAGCUCUACUAGAAAUAAUUGAUAGAGCUCCUAUCUUUUACACUAUUGAUUCACAUUCCAUUUGGCACUUAUCAACUGCAUUCCUCGUUGGAAUUUUUUACAGGUUUGCCAUCAAAGAUUGCAAUCACCUGAAACGGCAUGAACUGAAAGCAAAAUCGCUGAAUUUUAAGAAGCCUCUUUAGUGUACAAUACAUUGUAACUUAAUAUGUAAUGGCCCUCUUUUAAAUCUUGUUAGAUUUUAUAUUAAAGUUUUUAAAAUUAA